AUGUCUACCAAUGAGCCAGAAGCCCCUGCCAACACCCAGGCGACAGCUGAAGAACCUGUCCAGCAGCCCAGCGUGGUGGACCGCGUGGCCAACAUGCCCCUCAUCAGCACCACCUGCAACAUGGUGUCGGCAGCCUACACCUCCACCAAGGAGAGCCACCCCCACGUCAAGACAGUCUGCGACGCGGCGGAGAAAGGCGUCAAGACCCUCACAGCGGCUGCCGUCAGUGGGGCCCAGCCCAUCCUGUCCAAGCUGGAGCCCCAGAUCACAUCAGCCAGUGAAUAUGCCCAUAAGGGGCUGGACAAGCUGGAAGAGAACCUGCCUAUCCUACAGCAGCAGACGGAGAAGGUCCUGGCGGAUACCAAGGAGCUCGUGUCGUCUAAGGUGUCCGGGGCCCGAGAAGCAGUGGCCAGCGCCAAGGACACAGUGGCCACCAGAGUGACAGAGGCAGUGGAUGUGACCCGGGAAGCUGUGCAGAGCGGCAUGGACAAGACCAAGUCCAUGGUGACCAGCGGUGUUCAGUCGGUCAUGGGGUCCCGCAUGGGCCAGAUGGUGCUGAGUGGGGUGGACACAGUGUUGGGCAAGUCAGAGGAAUGGAUGGACAACCACCUGCCUAUGACAGAUGCGGAGCUGGCCCACCUGGCCACAACUCUGGAGGGCGCCGACGUCGCCUCCAUCGCCUCAGUGCAGCAGCAGCGGCAGGAGCAGAGUUACUUUGUGCGCCUGGGCUCCCUGUCGGAGCGGCUGCGCCAGCAGGCCUUCAGACACUCGCUGAGCAAACUGCAGCAAACCAGGCAGAGGGCCCAGGAGGCCCUGCUGCAGCUGGCGCAGGCCCUCAGCCUGAUGGAGAGUGUCAAGCACGACGUCGAUCAGAAGCUGGGGGAAGCUAACGAGAAACUACACCAGAUGUGGCUCCACUGGUACCAGAAGCAGCGCCAGGGCAUGGAGAAGAGCCUAGCGCAGCCAGAGCAGGUGGAGUUCCAGACGCUCAGCAUGCUGCGUGACAUCGCCCAGCAGCUGCAGGCCACCUGCACCUCACUGGGCUCCAGCCUCCAGGGGCUGCCCGCCCACGUGAAGGACCAGGUGCACCAGGCUCGCCGCCACGUGGAGGACCUCCAGGCCACCUUCUCGGGCCUUCAUUCCUUCCAGGACCUGUCCAACUCCAUCCUGAAACAGAGCCGCGAGAGCGUUGCCAAGGCCCGGGAGGCCCUUGACCACAUAGUCGAGUACGUGUCCCAGAACACGCCCAUCACCUGGGUGGUGGGACCCUUCGCCCCUGGAGUCGCUGAGAAGGCCCCAGAAGAGAAGAAGUAG